AUGAUUGGAAAUUUUCCUGCUUCAAAAUUGUAUCAGGAUCUGCACCCUUUUCCACGGAUCGAAGUGAAAUUAAAACUUCAGCGGAAAGUCUCGCUCUUUAGACAUCACACUGGUGAACACCAAUUUCAGGCAAGAAAGUGGAACACCUCAACAUGGGAAUUAUAUGCUCUCAUAAGAGAGUAUCUUUCUCUCAUCACUUGGUUAUUCACAUGGAGUUACCACCAGCUAUGGACAAGAAAAUGGAAGGCGGCUGAAGAUAAAGCAAGGGCUACACUGUUUGGAUAUUAUGGUCUUAAUUUUGCUGUGUAUACAUUUCCUCCUAUUGCUUUGGCUAUUAUAGGAUCAUUCUUCUUGAAUUUGAAGCCAAGGGAGUCAAUAAGAAGCGGAAAAGGUUGGAAAUUGACUGCUGGCUUCUCAAAUCCAUUGGUAGUGAACACCUUUCUGGGUGUUUUGUCCACUCUAGAAAUACUAGCAGUCUUCCUCUUUAUCCUGUUCUUAGCUUGGAAUUUUUAUGCACGCAUCUCAAAUGAUUUCAAGAACUUGAAGCCUGCUAAAUCACUAAUGCUGAAUUCAUGGCAACUCAAGUACCUAAAGGUGGAAACUCGGUUUGGUUUGCUAGCAGAAGUCUGCCUGGCUUUUCUUCUUUUCCCUAUAUUAAGAGGUCUGGCCUUAUUUCGGUUGCUUGGCAUCCAGUUUGAAGCUUCUGUAAGACACUAUUUAUGGCUUGGGACUGCUAUGAUAUUUUUUGCCACUUUCCAUGGUGCAAGCACUUUGUUCAUUUGGGGGGUCAGCCACUUUAUCCAGGAGGAGCUAUGGGAAUGGCAGAAAACCGGGCGGAUAUACCUUGCCGGGGAGAUCUGUCUGGUCACAGGACGCGAAACAUGCAUUCUUUCAGCACGAAUCUUCCCCUCCAAAGCUAUAGAGCUUAUUCUACCAAAAGAUCCAGGGCCCAAGUAUACACCAACAAGCAUUAUAUUUGUGAAGGUACCAAGUAUAUCCAAAUAUGAGUGGCACUCAUUUAGCAUUACUUCCAGCUCUAGGGUUGAUGACAACACAAUAUCUGUAAUGAUCAAAUCCGAAGGAUCGUGGACAAGUUCUCUCUCCCAUAUGAUCCAAACUAGGCAAGAGUCGGAUGGCGAUCCGAAGAAAUAUGAUAGUCUACUUGUUGUUUCUGGUGGAAUUGGAAUAACCCCAGUUCUGAGCAUCAUACAGGAACUUUCUUCGUCCCAAAACCGCGGCAUAAACAAAUUCCUACCAAGAAUGCAGCUUAUAUAUGUUGUGAAGAAGUCCCAAGACAUUUGUCUGUUGAACUCAAUCUCACCUCUAAUAUUUGGCCAGCCAGCAGAAAAAUGCCUUCUGAAAGUUAAAGUCUUUGUGACCCAAGAAGAGCAGUCUGAUGCAACACAUCUUUGUCGCCCUUGUUAUAAGAUGGAGAAGGCUAAAGAAACAGAUUCCUCCUACCCUCCAAAAACAAAGCAAAGCUUUAGAAAAAAGGGUCAGCACAAGCAAGUGAUGCUCUUGAGGAACAUGAAAUCCAUUUUGGAGGCAGGCCUAACUUUGAAGUUUCCAGAUGAGACAGGUGGAUCUGAUAUUGGAGUGUUGGUCUAUGGACCUGAGACUAUGAAAGAAUCAGUGGCAUUAAUUUGCCAGAAAAAAUGCGGAGCUAAGAAGCAGAAUAAAAAGUGA